AUGGCGAGCGCAGGACGGUUUGCACUUGUGACGGGAGGACGGCAGGGCAUUGGCGCAGCUGUGGUGCGGCGGCUGGCGGAGAAGGGCUACUCGGUGGCGGUGGCCGACUUGCCCAACCGCGACGAGACCGAGGAGAAGGCAGGGGUGGUGCCUGCCGGCGGGGCGUUCUUUGGCUGCAACGUGGGCGAUGCGGAGGAUGUGGCGCGGGCGAUGGGCGAGGUCCAUGCCUGGGUGGCCGAGUGCGAUCCGGAGCGGAGCGUGGGAGCGCUGGACGUGGUGGUCAACUCAGCGGGCGUGACCCGCGAUGCCAUGGCGCUCAAGGUGGAGAGCGCGACGUGGGACGCGGUGAUGGAGAUCAAUUUGCGGGGAUCGUUUCUGAUGGUGCGGCUGAAGGAAGCGAGUGAGGGCGAGUGGGCGGGCGAGCAGGCCAUCGUCAACAUGUCGUCGAUUGUGGCGCUGCACGGGAACGUGGGCCAGACGGCGUACUGCGCGUCCAAGGCCGGCGUGGUGGGCAUGACCAAGGCGCUGGCCAAGGAGCUUGCGCCGUCAGGCAUCCGCGUCAACGCAGUGGCGCCGGGCUUUAUCGCCACCCCGAUGACGGCUGCUGUGCCGGACAAGGUCAUGGCCAUGAUGCGGCAGCAGAUUCCGCUAGGCGAGGUCGGCGAGGCGGACGACAUUGCGGCGGUGGUCGAGUUUCUGGCUUCGCGCGAUGCGCGGUACGUGACAGGUGCGGUUAUUGAGGCGACAGGCGGACUGUUUAUGUAG